AUGCAACGGCGAGGCAGGGCAAGGAGUUUCCAACCACUCCUAGUCGUUUUCGUAGAGGUACAAUCCGUCCGAACACAGUGUGAAGGGAGACCCGUCACGCAUUCGAUUAUCGAAGCGUCUAUUAGAAAACUAGCGAUUUACCAAGGAACAGAACACCACAAGAGCAUCAGACACGCGUCGGCCGGCGGCCGCGCGUCGCCAGCCAGCCGCCAGCCGGCACAUGGUGAAAGCGAGCAACAAAUUGACAAUGGAGCACCAUAUAGAUCGCCGCCAGCCGGUAUUGAAGGAAAUUCACACGAAAUCGUUGCUAAAGCGCAUCAUUGCUCCAGUGGUAUCAGCUAUUCUAUUCAUUGCAUUCACUUCAAUAGCUUGUUGACAAUUUGAACAUCCACACUAAGUUUUAUUGGCAAUUAUAAUACACAUCAUCAAAAAAAACGCGUAUGAUGUGUAAUAGGCUAUAUCUCCCGUAAAUAGCAAAGAAAGUUGCACUUAUUUCUUGAGAAUG